CUCCACCAGUGACUCUGUGAAUUCUACGUUUGGAAACUUCACAAUGAUUAACCUCAACUAUCUGAAUCAAAGAGAAUUAACAGUUUGGACUCAAACAAGUUUCCGUAAAUGCUCAGUCAUGUCUAAAACUGCAUUUAGGACCCAAAGCAUGUUGAUACUGCUGGUGCUGUGGUACUGUGGCAUGCAAUGUUGCUUGGCAACGGAUGUACGACAGUCAAGUGUAAAAAUGACAAUGCCUUCAUGUCCCUCACAGUGUUCAUGUAAACAGACAGUAGUGCAAUGUUCAAAACGUUACCAGAUACCAAGCGUUCACAAAAACACAACAGAACUGUACAUGCGAGGAAAUUUCCUGGGACCAGAUAUCAACGGAUCAGUAUCCAAUCUUCAGGAUCUACGGAUCCUGGAUCUUUCCGAGAACAAUAUCCGCUGGUUGGAAAGAGACUUCCUGUCUGGUUUAAUCCAUCUCACAAAACUCAACCUCAGCAGAAAUUCACUGGAAUCAUUGCCAGAUAAUGGCUUCUCAUCAAACUCGGACUUGGAAAUUCUUGACCUGAGUUACAACCAGUUCUAUGUUUUGCCACGAAAGGCUGUACGUUUUCUUGUUCAUUUGAAAAAACUAGAUUUCAGUCACAAUCAGCUUAUUUCCCCGUUCCUAGCAAUUCAGUUUCAAGUCAUGGUGAGACUUUCGGUGUUGGAUCUGUCAUACAACAAUUUUCAGGGUAUUCCUGAAAACAGCUUCGAUGUCGUGACCAACUGGGAUGCUUCUAUUCCCAAGUACAUAAACUUGUCUUACAACAACAUCAAUGCAGUCCAAAAACAUUCCCUGGACUCCUUGCGAGGCCUUAGAGAGUUUCGACUCGAAGGAAACGGUCACAUGGACCCAGAAAGCCUUUCACUGGCUUUGUCAGAGAUUCAAAACUCUGGGAUCAAAGACCUGGAUCUUUCCCAUAUGAACAUAGCAGAUUUGGCAGCUGUGCUUUCGAAUUUUACAGAGUCGAGCAUUGAAACCCUGGACAUUUCCCACAACUCUAUAAGCAAGCUACGCAACAACUCUUUUGAUUUUCUGGUGAGCAUUAAAAAACUUGACCUGUCACGGAAUCGGAUUAGGACGCUUGGGGGCGGUUUACGAGAUCUGGAAUAUUUGAACUAUUUAGACAUCAGCCAUAAUAAACUGACCUCCCUGGAUCGUAAUGAACUCUCCCGGCAGUCCCAACUCCGUGACUUGAUUCUCUCCGAUAAUCACAUCAUAAAUCUGGACAAAGGAACUCUAUCUAGUCUGCCAAAGUUGCACACACUAGAUGUUAGCAACAACAACAUAGAAGUUUUUGACCUAUCUGGGAACAUUUCAUCCUCCCUACAAAACCUGAAUUUAGCUGGAAAUAAUCUGCUUGAUACUGGAUCUGUGAUAAACCUUCCCAGACUUAGAAUUCUUGACCUCAGCCGAAACAAACUGAAGAACCUGAAAGCAUUCCUUCUGCAAAACUCGCGCAAUAUACAUGCAGUCAACUUCAGUCAUAAUCACAUCAGUGAAAUCAACCAUCAAGUUUUCAAGCCAAACGUACCGAAGAUCAUUGAUCUGUCGUACAACUAUCUCUACACCAUUAAGAACUUUGAUUGGAUCGAGGCCACGCAUAUUUAUCUCCAGGGCAACCUAAUUCGCACGAUCGACUACCAGGCCUUUUACGCCAUGAACAAUAUGCAACUUCUGGAUGUGAGUGGAAACCAAAUUGAAACCAUCGAGAAGGACACUUUCAACUAUUUAACAAACUUGACCACCUUGCUACUUCAAGACAAUCAAUUGACCUUUGACCCCAAUGAAGCAAGUCUUUUUCGUUACAUGAGCAGUUUACGACAUUUAGAUUUGAGUGACAACAGCAUUUCCAAGCUCAGAGACUCAACAUUUCAAAGAUGCUUAAAGCUUGAGUUUCUCUCUCUGGCAAGAAAUGAAUUUUCAACACUUAACAUACAGGUCAUCUCGGAUCUUCUGAACCUCAAGGAACUUAGACUAGACGGAAAUCCAUUCCGCUGCAGUUGCAACUUGAUCCCUCUGAAACUCUGGUUGCAUCACCUAAAUGAACUGAAAGUUCCGUGGUUCAACCAGAGUCUUUUGUGUCAAAGUCCGGCUGCACGAAGAGGAACCCUGAUUCGUGAUUAUCGUUUGGCAGAAUUUGAGUGUAACCAUUUCCUUAUUUACCUCGUGGUUAUUUGUUCAUUGGUGGGACUAGGGCUCUUUGUGUGUCUCCUAGCAACCAUAGUCUGCCAUUAUUUCCAUCGCUGGCGCAAGACUCGUACAUUGCCUGAUGACGAUGAAACAUACCAGUAUGAUGACACAUUGAUAACCGAUGAUAAAUACCCUGGUGAUACUGACAGUAACUAUGGCAAACAGGAUGAAUUUAUCGGCAACAGCAUCCUCAAAGUUGACCAAUGCAACGGCUACAUUGGUUUCCCGCCAAAAUUCAAAGGCAAGGAAUCGAAACCGGUUUCCAAGAUCAAAUCAAAGCUGAAAAAGAAACGAGGAAUGAAACGCAGCAAUUCUGUGACAUUUGGACUACCAAUCAGUCGCACUGCUGAUUACAUCAUGAGCAUGGAUGAACGUGAUUGGCCAGGAUCUCGAGAAGGCUCCAGAGAAUCAAGAGUACGCAGAAGCCGAUCAUUUGAUCUUCGAGCAACCGGGGAACCAUUUUACCCUCCUCCCAUUGGAGCGCGACAACAGCUAAAAGAACGUCUUCACCCUAUGUAUGGAGGAUCGCUUGGUCGACGGCACAGCGCUAUGAAUGGUUAUCUCCCUUCAACAAGGCAGUUGCAACAACGACGAAGGUCAACCAAUAGUUACUUUCCUCACAGCCCACUUGUCUACGAAAAAUAUCCACGUAAUGUUAAUACUUACAGUACUGUGCAUCGUCAAAGACGACCCAUCAACCAUGGCCUCGGGGACUACUCAGACCUGCCCUUAGUUACGUAUCGCCGACGUUCUAGCAACACGCCUAUUUACCCUGGUGGAAGCAUGACGCUGCCUCGUAACAUUGGGCGACACACAAGUAUGCAACAGAUAAGUCCCUUGGGGCAUCAUGGACCUUUCACCUACACUAACGGGGUGAUACCAGCACGUGUAAGACGCACAGAUAGUCUGAGUAAAAUAGAAUGGGUAUGACCAUUGUGAAAUUGUAUAUCAAUUUAAUAACUACAUUUACGGAUCAAAUGUUAUGCACAUGCGAAUGCAACCUGUAGAUGGGCGUGGGUAUCCCGGGGUCAUGCUGGUUUCCUUAAACCAUAAUGCUGGCUGCCGUCGUAUGAAUAAAAAUGUUCUUGAGUAUAGUGUAAAGUACCAAUCAAAUAAGUAAGUCAUGUAGAUGGCCGUGGGUAUCCCCGGGGUCAUGCUGGUUUCCUCCUACCAUAAUGCUGGCUGCCGUCGUAUGAAUAAAAAUGUUCUUGAGUAUGGUGUAAAGUACCAAUCAAAUAAGUCAG